AUGGGUCUCAUCGCCCAGGCCUUCGAUCGGGACGUUGGCCUCUAUCAGAAGAUUCUUCUUGCAAUCGAACAAACUCCUUCGAACAAGCAGCUUUUCAAUGACAUCGCCGCCUUCCACCUCAAAUAUGCGCAGCCCGCCUCAAGCGCCCAGAUCGAGGAGACCCCAGAUGGACCAGCAGCGAAGAAGAGAAAGCUCGACAAUGGCUCUGUGCCGAUUGACACCGCAGACGUACAAGUGGACACUUUGCUAGAGAUGAGAGACGUCUCCUUCUCGCUCCCGCAACGCAAAAAACUGCACUUCCGAAUCAGACAAAUCAACUCACCAAACAUGCCAAUGCCAAUGAUAAUGAUAGAAGUCAUCAAUCCAGCAACCGAUCAGACAGAGCACUUGAUCACUCCCAACGCGGUCGCACAGGUCCUCAAAACACCCGUGCCCGAGAAAGCCACCAAACAAUACAACUACAUCUUCAUACCACACCCUGGCACACCCAAAUCCAUAGAAGACCCAAUCCUCUUCACCGUUCCAGCUACGGCCCCAAAAGGCGGCACAUACACCUUUCCGGACGGUGCAAGUACCCUCGAAGACGCCCUCUCCGUUGUUCUACAACCCUAUGGUCUAAGCCUGACCCUCCCCGACGAGAAAGAGUUCGCCAGCGCAACUCCCGAAGCUCACCGCAAGAACGAGAAAGCCUACCACGUGAAAGCCUUCCGCGGCUCAAAAGACGGCUUCCUCUUCUUCCUCUCGACUGGUAUAUUCUGGGGCUUCAAGAAGCCCCUCCUCUUCAUGGGGCUCGAAGAUAUCGAGAGCGUCAGCUACACCAGCGUUCUACAGAGGACUUUCAAUUUGAACAUUGCAUAUCGCAAGCCGCCGACUUCGAAGGCUGAAAUCGACCAGGCUGAAGCAGCGGGGCAGUUGCCGGAACCGGAAGAGAUCGAAUUCAGCAUGCUCGACCAGUCCGACUAUGCAGGUAUCAAUGAGUACGUUCAGCGACAUGGGCUGCACGAUGCGAGCUUGGCGGCGGGGAGACGGGCGAAGACUGUCAAAAAGGAGAAAGGCACAGCUAUGAAUGGCGCUGGCGCUGCUGCUAACGGCCCAGAUGACGAAGACGACGAAGACGACGGCAGGACAGAGCUUGAAAAGGCAGAAGCAGAGCUCCAAGACGCAGAGGACGAGGAAGAGGAGGAUUUUGAGCCUAGUGAUGACGACGACGAUGGCAGCGGGUCCAGUGGCUCGGAGGACGACGAUGAGUACGAGGCCGAACGACCCACUAAGAAGAGAAAGACUGGGAAUCUUGUGCAAGACGAGUUGGGCAGCGAGGCGGAGGACGUGGAGAUAUCUGAUGACGAGGAGGACGAAGAGGGCGAUGACGAAGACCAUCAAGGUAUCCCGGGUGUUGAAGGCUACGAAGAUCCGCACGCUAUGUCUGAGAUUGAGGAGGAUGAAGAGGGUGACGAAGAGGAGGAGGGUGAGGAGCCAGAAGUCCUCGAAACGCCGCCUCCUAAUCUGAGAGCGCAUGAGACAAAAGUCAGCAUGUCGAUGACUCAGCAGCAAGGUCGUUGGGGCGCUGCCGUCAACGGCGGAGGCGAGCCGGAUCCUGAUGACGAUGAUCAGCUGUAG